AUGGUGAAGUCCAUACGGAUUAGGUCAAAGGAAUAUUGGGACGCAAACAUCCCUGCAUACGAAGGUUUUGUGUGUUAUCAAGGAGGAUCUAAAAUGACAUUUGAUUUUGUCCAUAUGAGGUCCUUGAAUAAUUCCACCAUUGAAGAAAAUUACUUCUUAUUGAUUGGUUUGGGUUUCAAGCCACUGCUUGAUGAUGAAGACAUUCAAAUAAGGGAUUUAUGUUAUAAAUAUGGUUGUAGAGAAAUGACUUUGUAUGUUGAAAAUGAAGGUACAUCCAGUCCUUCUAGUUUGUCCAUAGAUAGGGGAUGGAUUAAUUUUGACUCUGAUUCUGAGAGUGGGAGUGAGUCUGAGAGUGGUUCUGAGAGGGGGAAUGGUAGUGGUGCUGAGAGUGAAAAAAUUAAAAAUUAG